AUGGUUCUACAUAACCCGAAUAACUGGCACUGGGUGAUGAAAGAUGCCGCCGGCUGGGCCAAGGAUUAUCUAGAGGAAGAGUCCAAGAAAGUCUCGGCCGAAGAGAAUGGCGUGACAGCCAAGAUCACACGACUGAUAUCUAUGGAUGGCGAUGUGGAAGUGAGCCAGAGAAAAGGCAAGGUUAUAACGAUAUACGAUGUGGCACUACAGCUAGAAUAUGAAGGCAAGACAGAGGAUGGCACCGAUGUCAGCGGCACCAUCAAGGUUCCGGAAUGCGCAUAUGACACAGAGCCAGACGAGUACGUUUUUGACAUAGACAUUUACUCGGAGAAGAAGGAGAUGCAGCCGGUUAAAGACCUCGUGCGGUCGAAACUGGUCCCUCAACUGCGCCAAGUUUUCGCAAGCCUCGGACCGGCAUUGAUCAAGGAGCAUGGAAAAGACCUUCAGCAUGCCCCUGGUUCCAACCCAUCUAGUGGUUUCGCCACUCCUACCUGGCAUCCUCAUAGGGAGCGAACCCCAACCUCUACCGCUCCCACCACAACAACCUCCAGCACCGGCAAGACAUCCGUCAACACUACCACAGUGACUGCGAACGAUGAGUUUCGGACGACAGCCGACGAACUGUUCCAGACAUUCACCGACCCUCAGCGGCUAGCCGCCUUUACCCGCGCACCGCCUCGGGUUUUUGAAGGGGCCAAACCAGGCGGCAAGUUCUCCAUUUUCGAUGGCAAUGUCUCGGGCGAGUUUGUCAGCUUAGAACCGCCCAAGAAGCUUGUGCAGAAGUGGAGGCUGGCGCAGUGGCCGGAAGGACACUACAGCACCCAGGAAAUCUUCUUUGACCAGAACGACGUCGACCGUGUGACCAACAUGAGAGUCACCUGGACCGGAGUGCCCGUCGGCCAGGAAGACGUGGUGCAGCGGAACUGGGAGGGCUACUACGUGCGCAGCAUCAAGCAGACGUUUGGCUUCGGUACCAUUCUUUAG